AUGGGAAUGGGAGAGCCGAGGCAGGUCUCACAGGAGGCAGAGCUGGAGCCCAGCGCCGGAAGCCGGAGCCAGGACACCAGUCACCGCACAGACACCCAGUGGUUCUGCUCGCAGCAGCAUCAUGCGGGGCUCCAGCACCCCGGAGCGGGGGCCCAAGUGGUGCACAUGCACGUCCUGGCCCACGCUCUCAAGAGCAUCAACAACGCCGAGAAGAGAGGCGAGCGCCAGGUUCUCGUCAGGCCGGGCUCCAAAGUCAUCGUUCAGUUCCCGACCGUGAUGAGGAAGCACGGCUACGCUGGCGGAUUUGAAAUCACCAAUGAUCACAGACCCAAAGUGGCACGUCAAGACGGCCCUUCACAAGUGAGUUCUGGGCACGACCUCCAGGGCAGGACUAUACCCCUUACAAACCGCUCCCCUAAGGGCCGAGAUGAAGGUAAAGACCUGCUGAUCAAUGAGCCAGAGUCGACCCAACGACCCCCAAAGCACAACGCUAGGGAUCAGGGAGCUGCAGCAGGUGGUGUUUCUAAGGGGUCAUCUGAGCUGAUCCUACCUAGCCUCAUUAGCGUGGGAGGUGGCUCCGUGGUCACUGCAGAGGACAGAGAACACGUGGGUGAGCUCCUCUCCCCUCAGGCCCCCCACUCCAUCCGGAGCGCCUCCUGCCUUCCUGUGGAUACGAUCCUGCUCUCCCUUCAAGGCCCAGCCGUCCGCCUGCCACUGUCCCGAGUGCACUCUACCCUCCUCGUGGCCUGGACUGCCGCCUGGGCAGCUCGCCAGCAUCGCACCAUCAGUGAUGGUCAGUGCGGCUGGAACUCUGAGAUGCUCAUGGACUGCGCACUCUUGGCCAAGGCACUUUACGACAACCACCCCGACUGUUCCGAGGAGCUGGCUUUCUGCAGGGGAGACAUCCUGACCAUCCUGUCGCAGGACAUGCCCGAGAGCGAGGGCUGGUGGAGGUGUGCGCUGCAUGGCCGCCAGGGCCUGGCCCCGGCCAACCGCCUGCUGGUGCUCACCAAGUCCCCCGCCGGGUCCCGGGACCCUUCCCCGAGGGCCAGCUCCAAGGAGGCCCGCCAGGUGCCCGCGCUGCCCUCCCCGCCGCCCGACGGCCCCAGCCCGGUGUACGAGCACAUGCGGAGCUGGGUGGAGAUGCCCCGGCCGGCAGCCCAAGACUAUGAGAUCCCUGACCCGAGGCCUCUCGGUGCCAGGAUCGUCUGCGAGAAGACUCCAGGCUUCCACAGACAGGCCCUUCACACGCUCCCCAAACCCACGCGAGGCUCGUUGCCGGCUCUGUCCUCCCAGGUGUAUGACGUACCUGCCUCGAGCCGGGCACUCCCAGCCGUUAAGGAGAAGCAGCAGUUAUAUGACGUCCCAGCAAGUCCCCAGAAGGCAUGCCUGUGGCCUGUGGCCAGCCAAGCCCAUGGACACAGCAGGACACCCCCAACCCCCCGAAGAGGCAACUACAAUACUCUCCCCAACCCCCAGAAGUCAGAGUGGGUUUAUGACACCCCAGUGUCGCAAGAAAAGGCCAGCUUGGGGGCUACAACCCUAAGCAGUCUGAUGGAGGAGACGAGGCCCAGCCCUGCGUCCAGGCUGGUGGCAGCCGCCCGAGAGGCCUCCCCAGACAGCAGGGCCCGGUCCCUCCGGCAGCCACUGGUCAGAGACAGGCCCCGGGAGAAGCAGCUCAGCUUACAAGAGCUGCCCGCCUCGGCCCUGCCAGCCACCAGGGAUACACUCACCUCUGAUGGCCGGGUCAGCUACAGAGUCCCCCUGAGCUUCCUGGGGGAUCGCGUGGAACAGCAGAACACCAAGCCCAACAUUUAUGACAUCCCGGCAGCCAGGGCCCAUGUCUCCCAGGAUCUGAAAGGGCUGGACAAAGCCGAUGGGGCAGCAGAGACGCAUGAGGACCAGGGCCCCGCGUGGUCCUCAGGACGGACCACCUGUGCGUCCCCGGAACCAGACAGGCUGUCGCUUCUGAGCUCCGACAGCAGCAGGACCAGUGUGAUCUCCUCCUGCUCAUCCACAUCCACUGACUCCUCUUCCAGUUCCUCCUCCGAGGAGUCCACCAGGGAGCUGCCCAUGGACCUGGCCGCGGCCAAGGAGACCGUCACCAUCCUGCAGCACAAGGUGGCUGGGGCCGUGGCCAGCCUGAUGGUCUUCGUGAAUAGAAGGUGGAGGUGCCGCGAGCACCUGGAGGCCAGCCUCCGCCAGGUCCACCGGGCCGUGGAGCGCAUCGAGGAGGCCGUGCGGGAGUUCCUGGCCUUUGCCCAGGGUGUCCAGGACAUGGCCUGCCACCUCAGUGACCGGGCUCUGCAGGCCAGGAUCCGGGAGCAGCUGCACACCGUCUCCUGCUCCCACCAGAUCCUGUUGGAGACCAAGCAGAGCCUGGACAGCUGCCACUGGUCCCUGGAGGCUCUCGUGAUGGACAACGUCCAGAACAGCCCAGACAACCUGGAGAGAUUCGUCAUGGUGGCACGGAUGGUUCCGGAAGAUGUUAAGAGGUUCGCCUCCAUGGUCAUUGCCAAUGGGAAGCUCCUUUUCAAGCAGAGUGGUGACAGGGACGAACCUCUGCAGUGGCAGUCACAUGCAGACGUCAAGUCCCCCAAAAAAGAAGUGGGGCCAUGCUCUGGGAGCAGCCCCUCUGGAGCCCAGAGGAAACAGGAUCAUUCCCCAGAGUUAGGGAAGAAAAACUGGACCCAGAACCCCAUCGCUUCCACACCACAGCACCUGAGUCAGCAGAACCUUGAGAAGAAGACCCCCCUUUCCGAGCACUGCCGGCUCUACUUCGGGGCGCUCUUCAAGGCCAUCAGCGCGUUCACCAGCGGCCUGGACAGCGGCCAGCGCCCCGAGACCCUAAUCACGCAGAGCAAGCUGGUCAUCGUGGUGGGGCAGAAGCUGGUGGACGCCAUGUGCAAGGAGACGCAGGAGCAGGACGCGCGCAACGAGAUCCUGCACCACAGCAACCAGCUGUGCGGGCUGCUCAAGGACCUGGCGCUGGCCACAAAGGAGGCCGUGCUGCGGCACCCCAGCCCCGCCGCCCUGCAGCGCCUGCAGGACCAGGCCGAGAAGCUGGAGCAGCACACGCGCCACUUCCGGAUGGUGCUGGAGUGA